AAAAAAGCGCCCUUAGUUUCUUCGAGUCCGGUAGUGAGUAGUCCCUGUCCCUCUGCUUAAUACUACGUAUUUUGGUUUCAGAGAUUGAAGUAACUGCCUUUAAAUAAUAAAAAAAAAACAUACAAGAGAGUUUACCGAUCGUUCGCCUAUGCAGGAACCCCUCAGGUUUCUAACCCAGUAUUGAAUUUCCUAAUGGUGAAGGCAAAGCAUGUUGGUUCAUAACAUGAAUUACAAGAGGCAAAGAAAACCAAAUGUGAGAUUGUGGGAGGUAGGAGAUUUACCAGCCGCUUUCGCAUGUGAUGUUUCUAAGAGAUUUAAGUCAAAUUUGGGGCAAAGAUCGUGGAAAGAUGAUCCGGGAGGAAACAAUGAUUCAACUUUUCCACAUCACUUUCCACACGAAUUCGGGUUCACUGAAUUCAGCAUAUGCUAUGAAAAGUCUGCUGAUAGGGCUAACAUGAAUCUAAACUCUUUAAAUACUCAUCCAGAUCUUUCUUCUGGUCAUGAUGAUGAAGCCAAUGUUAAGAAGGAUGAACAAAGAUUCAGAGAAGCCAAUGAUAGAAAUGAUGAACAAAGAUUAAGCUGGGUGACCCGAAAGCCUAGGCUGAGCAAACGAAGAAGAAGAAGCCUGGAGAGUCUUUUUCUUGAUCCUUGGGGCUCGGCCACAAGAUUAGGCACAUUUGUAGCAAUAUCUGGUGAGAAAAUGCAGGCAAUUAAGGUUCCCUUAUCUACUGAUGAAGGUAACGAAGUAGAAUCCGAAGAACGGGUGAUCAGUAGUAGUGGUAGUGUAGGGGAAUGGCUUGAGGAGAUUGGGUUUGGGAAAUAUGCAGAGCUGUUUGAAAUGCAUGAGGUGGAUAAGGAAACUUUGCCUCUACUCACUCUCAAUGACCUCAAAGAAAUGGGAAUUUUUGCAGUUGGGAUACGGCGAAAGUUGUUUGAUGCAAUUAAAACGAUCAGGGAAGUAAAUAUGGGAUGUUUGCUUGAUGAAAAAACCUGACAGCCCUCUGGUUUUCUGGCUCAUGGCUUUCUGUAAUGAACUUGAUGCCUGUAGAUAUAUGCCCGGGCAACAUUGUAAAUGUUUUUGUCUCCAGCAAUGUAAUCUAUAGAUCACCUUAUAUAUAUGCUGACAUGAAUAAGAUAUUUUGGCUUUGUUAUUGUACUAUAUGGACACCGAAUGUGAAAACAAGUUUGUUUUCGGCCACGGAAUGUAGUAAUAUUUAAUGAUUUUUUGUACGCC